UAUAUCGUUAUAUGUUGGCAACAUGGAAAAAUGAUUCCAGCAAAAUUUGCUAUUUAGUCUAAUGGAUGUAAGUACGAACGCGAACUGAUUAGAAUAAACGUGGAUUUAAUCAAAGUGUUUAUUACGCUUAAUAUUUCCAAAUAAACUACAACGAAAAUGAGUGAACUGGUGUGGGGAAUAAAAAUCGGUGAUUUGGAGCAAGUGCGAGAUAUCAUUGAAAAUAAGAAUAUCGAUGUUAAUCAAAUGAUCGAUGGAAGGACACCAUUACAUUAUGCAGCUGAUUAUGGCCAAAGUGAAGUAGUUAGAUAUCUGUUGGAAAAGGGUGCAAAUGCAAAUGCUACAGACAAACAUGGAAUAACAAUAUUAUUAGCAGCAAUUUGGGAGGGCCAUACAAAUUGUGUAAAAUUAUUAUUAGAAAAAGGAGCUAAACCAGACGGAUUAACACCGGAGGGAAUCAGUUAUUUAGAUGCUGCCGAAAAAGAUGAGAUUAAACAACUGCUUAAACUGCACUAGCACAAAACCAAAUGAAAUUCAAGCAAUGAUUUUUGUUAUUUUAGUAUUUUAAUGUUCCUCAUAGGAGUAUCACCAUUGCUUUCUCUUAAUUUUUUGCAUAUGGCUAGACUAUCAUAUUUAUGCACUUUAAAUUUAAAAAAAAACGUAGGUACACAUGUAGUUUUAUAAUAAUAUAUUGCACAUCUGGAGUGUAUAAUCAUAAACUCAUAUUCUUACAUGAUUAUUCUUAGAGAUUUAAAGUAUAUAUAAUUUCAGCUUUAAAAUAGUACAUCGUACAGAUUAUUUUGAAAAAUUAACAGAAACAAAUUUAUUUUUAAAGCAUGUAAUAUUAUAUAGCAAAAGAUAUUUUGAUACAUUUGUAAGAAGCAGCAUCGUAUUUUAAAUGUUUGUUAUUAAUUUAUAAAUGUUACGAAUUCCUUUUAUACAUUUUUUUUACUAAUCUACAUACUAAAGCCAUGAUUUUGCUUUAAUUUAAUAUUUUUGUGAAAAAAAAAGAGCUAUAAGAUAUAUUCACAUAAUUUAAGUGAGUUUCAAAAAGACAUGUGUAAAUUAUAGAAGGAGAUUAAAAAACUUAUCUUUAUGGUACUAAUUACCCAACAUGUCUCAAGAGGUUUUAAAGGUGUACAAUAAUCAAAAAUAAUAAGCCAGUGUAUCAUUGUUAUGUA